CCAACAAAGCCCCCAAUCAACCAUGCCUGCCGCCUUGCGCCUCCUUGGUCCACCGGAGCUCCGCCAUGCACAAUCGUCGGUCUCCUCCUCGGACGGCGUCGAAACCGCCAACUCAGCCAGUGUUAUGUCUCCAGAAAACCCUUUUAAAUUCCCUACUGAAAACCAGAAUCCAACCCCACAGGGUCUAAUCGACAUGAUCAACACCCAGUACAAAGACCUAAAUAUUGAUCGUCAUCCAUUUAUGGGUUUUACUGAGAAUAUGUCCCCAACCUUUCUCUCUUCUGGAAACCCAUGUUUGGAUUUCUUUUUCCAUGUGGUCCCCGACACCAAGCCGGAAGAUCUGAUCGGACGGCUUCAAUUGGCCUGGGCACAUAACCCGUUGACCACCUUGAAAUUGAUUUGUAAUCUCAGGGGUGUUAGGGGAACUGGGAAAUCUGAUAAGGAAGGAUUUUACAUGGCAACUUACUGGCUCCAUUGCUUUCAUCCUAAAACUUUGGCUUGUAAUCUGAGGGCCAUUGCUGAGUUUGGUUACUUUAAGGAUUUCUUUGAAAUUCUUUAUAGGAUUCUAGAAGGACCUUUGAUUAGAAAGAUUGAGAAACAUGAGAGGAUGAUGGUGAAAAGAAGGGAAAAUGAUGUGGAAAGUAUGGGGAUGUAUUGUGGGAGAAGAGGGGGAAGAUUCAGGAGGGGUAAUCGAAAUAGGACUCAGAAAGAAAAGGAGGAGAAAAAGGAGAAAAAAGGUAAGACUCAGGAGGAGAUUAAAGAGGAGCAAGAAAAUGCAAGGGUUUUGAGGAGGGAAAAGGAGUUUAUCAAAGCGAAAAAGGGUUUGGAGAAGUAUAAUGCUGAUGAAAAAUAUAGGCUCUUGCAUGAUACAAUCUCUGAUUUCUUUGCUGAGCUUUUGAGGGCCGAUUUUGAGAAUUUGAAUGCAGGGAAACUUGGUAACAUUAGCUUGGCUGCUAAAUGGUGUCCGACUGUUGAUUCUUCUUAUGAUAAGGCCACUCUGACGUGUGAAAGUAUUGCUAGAAGAAUGUAUCCCAAGGAAAAGUUUCCGGAGUAUGAAGGAAUUGAGGAGAGUCACUAUGCUUAUAGGGUGAGGGAUAGGUUGAGGAAAGAAGUGCUUGUACCACUGCAUAAGGCAUUGGAAUUGCCUGAGGUGUAUAUGAGCGCAAACCAAUGGAAUUCGCUUCCAUACAAAAGGGUUGCCUCCGUGGCGAUGAAGAACUACACGAAGGUGUUUUUUAAGCAUGAUGAGGAAAGGUUUAAGGGAUAUCUUGAGGAUGUGAAGAGUGGAAAGGCGAAAAUCGCCGCUGGUGCAUUGCUUCCCCAUGAGAUUAUUGGGGCUUUGGAAGAUGGGGUUGGUGGGGAAGUCGCGGAGCUUCAGUGGAAAAGAUUGGUUGAUGAUAUGGUUAAGAAGGGGAAAUUGAGUAAUUGUAUAGCUGUUUGUGAUGUUUCUGGUAGCAUGUAUGGGAUACCAAUGGAGGUGUCUGUGGCCUUAGGAGUAUUAGUAUCAGAAUUGAGUGAAGAACCAUGGAAAGGUAAAUUGAUCACAUUCAGUGACGAUCCUCAACUUCAGAAGGUGGAGGGAGAGACCCUUCUAGAGAAGACUAAGUUUGUGAGAGAGAUGGACUGGGGUGGGAGCACAAAUUUUCAGGGAGUAUUUGAUAGGAUUUUGGAGGUUGCAGUUGAGGGAAAACUGAGUCAGGAACAGUUGAUUAAGAGAGUGUUUGUAUUUAGUGAUAUGGAGUUUAAUGAAGCAUCAAUGAAUCCUUGGGAGACGGAUUAUCAAGCCAUACAGAGGAAAUUCAGGGAAAAUGGCUACCAGAAUGUGCCAGAGGUUGUGUUUUGGAACCUUAGAGAUUCAAGGUCCACCCCAGUUUUGGCCAAUCAGAGUGGUGUGGCGCUAGUGAGUGGCUUUUCCAAGAAUCUGUUGACUAUGUUUCUGGAGGGCGGUGGAGUGGUGAACCCUGAAGAGGUCAUGGAGCUGGCUAUUGCUGGUGAAGAAUACAAGAAACUAGCUGUUUUUGAUUGACAUGUUGAAUUUAACUUAUAAAUUAGUUUGAUUUUGCCUUUGUUGUAGCUGCCUGAUGGCCUUGUCUUGUGGUUGGUACUUAGAUAAUUGUUAACAACUUACGGGAGGCUUUGGUUAUGGUUAUCUUUGGAGCUGUUCUCAACUUCUCAAUGAAAAUGCAAAUUUAUAUGGUUUUCCAUUGUA